AUGGAGCCUAGUCAGGAUAUUAGCAAGAGGAAACUUGUGAAAGAGAAGGCAAUCUACGAUGAAGAAGUCAGUUCCAUGGAUAUCUUACACAGAAAUCUUAUGGGUUAUCACCACAAGUUUGCACCCUGAAAAAUGAAAGAGGAAGGAACUCUGCUUACUUUCUUACUAGAACCUGGAGUAAUAGAAAUUCCGUACAUGAAGAGGUAUCAGAAGACUAGUUCUGCAGUUAAGUUAGUAUCCUGAUUAAACAUCUGGGGGAAAUAAAGGAUAUCGUUCAGAGAAAAUACUCAAUUUCUUGAAGAGUCUUAAUCCCAAGGAAAUCAAAGAAUUCAUUAUGUAUUAUAUUAAUGAUGUUGCAAGGCCUAUACCUCGGAAGAUAUUCUGUCAGUAUGCCAGACUUUUCCCCUUUGUGACAGAGAGCAUUUCUUUGGCUAAACUGAAAAUUUCUGAGAAACAAUUGAAUUGAAUAUUCAGAUAUUGACAGCCUAGCCAGAAAUUGCAUUUUGAUCAAUGUAGAAUAGAAGCUCAACAUUUUAAAGAGAAAAUAAAAGUAAAGACACUAGAAAUAAGGAAAUUGUAUGAUAUGUCAAUGAUAGUUUGUAAAUUUUUUGAGCAUCUUGCUAACUGAGAAGAAGUUGAAAAGCUUAUUCUAGAAUCUAAUAUAAAAAAGAAAAACAUGGAAAAGUUGGUUGAGAAGUAUCAAGUGACUUGGAUAUCCAUCCUAAAUUGUUUUGACUCUCCAGGAUCGUUUUACCGAAUCUACCCAACUUCUGGAUAACCUUCA